AUGACACGCUUCAAGUCCUCGAAACCCAAGCUCAAGCCGGAGCACGACAGUUCAGAAAGCAAGCACUCGCCAAGCUACUCUCACCGUCUUCGACAAGGUCUCGGCUCUCUAGGUCUCGCAACAGUAGGCGGCGGCACAGCCUUGGUCCUCGCACUCCUCGGUUUCCUCCUCUUCCUAUGGACCGGCGAAGGCUCGCAAGACGGCAAGACAGCCGCGACCCUGUGGCGGUGGAUCAUGCUCAACCAACACAUUACUCAGGCCAUCACCCUGUCAACAGUUCUACUGCGUAUCGCAGUCACAGCACAGGCGUCCAUCUACACAAGUCUCCUUGCGGGCGUGGUUCUAGAGAAGCACGGUGUCGCUCUCUUUCGAGUUGCUGAGAUGUCUAUCAUCCGGUGUACAAACGACGGGCCUUUCCAAUUGACUUGGUUGCUCAUGACGUCUGCACGAAAAGCAUACUUGCAGACCGGGUUAGCAAUCAUACUAUUGCUCACGACGUUUGUUGUUCAGUUCUCGUCGACUCUUCUGGUAUCUGAUCUGGGGUUGGAUAAUCUUGUCGGCGAUGCCAAAGCAAAGACAUUCGAUGUGCAUAUGAGCCACGAUGUCAUCUCCCUGAAUCGACAGAUGAACAACUGGAUCAGUCGUCCGACAGCAUAUGUGCCAUUUGGCGAGUUGCCAUCAGAGGCAAACACAUAUACAGAUAAUCAGUCGAGGUUCAGCGAUACCGGGAUUGUAAGAAGAACCUUUUUGCCCCUCUCAUCAUCGCAAAUGUCGACGCUGCGUCAAUACACCGGCGGUGCUUACGGCUUCGAGUCGCGCUUUGUAUGUCUCCGUCCAUCGGUGUCCGCCUUCCUCUCGGUGACUGUUCCAGCACCGGGCUCAGAUACUGUCCCUUUCUACCUAAAGGUCGCGGGCAUUUUAUCAUACGAGACCAUGUUCCGCGAGGCGGGACUAUCACCACCAGAAAACUGUGAAAACGGGGAUUGUUUUCCGUCAGGUUUCAACUGCUCGCUAUCUCAGUUUCAAUACACUGAAACGCAAGCACGGCAGGGCUUCACGAACAGCUUGUGCAUUCCCAAUGGCAUAGCCGCGCGGCCGAGCGCUCAGAACCACACCAUCUCAGAAGACCCCAUCACCGCGUACUCCCAGGUAUUUCUAUUCUUCAGAAAUAACGGUACCCAUGAUCUGUGGAAAGGACCGGGCAAUCGUGUCCUGGCGGGGACAUUCGGUCUGACAAAUGUUACUUCUACUGAUGAUGAAUGGCUCACAUACAAUCGUCCCAUUGGGGGAAGGCUUCAAGGAGGGGAAAGAAUCGAGACGGGCGUGUUGCGGCUGGACAUGUCGCUCUGCUUCCAGCAGUUAGCCUUCAACUUUGCGGAAGUUAAGCUUUCCAGCAAGAAGGACCUAAAAGAGUCGCAAGUAACUUGGACUCCAGAGACGAAGGCUUGGAACACGAAGAGAAUUCAGAAACUCAUGGGUGUUGGAGCCCACAGCAAAAGCACCAACAGUCGCGGGAUCUUUUCGGUGGACUCGGUGCAAAACCCCCACCACCUAAACGCAACGCAAUACCUAACCAACAAGCUCAUCAACGACUUAUACAACUCGCCGCGAACAUUCAAUUUUUCCCUCUUCAUGGAUCCCCAAGGCAGCGGGAACUCUCCCAUCAAGCCGCACGUUGAGUACCAGGCCAUCUUCGCCGACAUCCUUAACGUCACCAGUCGUCCCGGCGUAGCGAUGCAGUCGACUCUAACGGCUCUCUCAGGCUCUAUCAUCAACGAAGCCCUUCCGCAGUUCGACGUCCAGGGCAACGCCAUCUUGACUUCUUCGGUGCGCGUGAUGACGCCAAGAAGCCUUCGGGGUCUGCUCAUCAUCUUUGGCGUCAUGGCUCUGAACAUGGCGUGUGGUCUUGCCGUGGUACUUGUUUUCAUGGUACAGAGUCAGUACUCUAGUCAAGGGAAUUAUUGGCAGGGCGUGGCGCAGAUUGUGUCUGAUGAGACGGCGUGGAUCCUAGAGGGGGCGACAGACGCGAGCGACGGUCAUGUCGAGAAUGAGGUAAGAGGCUCAAAUAACCUCGUCUGUGUUAGUCGUUCAGAGAGGAGUGGACGGGUGCGUGUGGGUCCAGUUAAAGCUGGUUAG